UUAUGGCAGCGAAAAUUGCGGAAAAACAAAUUCUGAGACUGUACUCCACUGCGGAAAAACGACGCCACCUUUUUCUGCUUGUUCUUACCCUUCUUCUGCUCCUCCAAGCACCCCUACAUUUCUUCACGCAGCUUUUACGGAUCUCCAACGUCUCCUCCUUCCGAUCACAAAACCGAGGGCAUGAGGAUGUGAAUCGGCUUCUCCUUGUUGUACGCAGAGCUGCAGCAGUCUUCCACGUCUUCCUAUCCAAAUCACCCUGAAGAAAAUUCACCGUCUCUCAUAUACGUUUCGGGAUGGCUCUCCUCCGAUCAUAUUCUAAUGCUUCCUCUGGGAUGGGAGUUGCUGAUCACUGUCGGGACACAUUCUUAGAGCUACAAAGAAAGAAAACACAUCGAUAUGUGAUCUUCAAAAUUGACGAGAAGAGAAAGGAGGUGGUUGUGGAGAAAACUGGAGGUGCUGCUGAGAGCUACGAUGAUUUCUUGGCAAGCCUGCCUGAAAAUGAUUGCCGAUAUGCCGUCUAUGAUUUUGAUUUUGUGACGCAGGAAAACUGCCAGAAGAGCAAGAUUUUCUUCAUUGCUUGGUCUCCAUCCGUUUCUCGAAUUCGAGCCAAGAUGCUGUACGCAACGACGAAGCAACGAUUCAGGCGAGAGAUGGAUGGAGUUCACUAUGAGAUCCAGGCGACAGAACCUUCCGAGCUCGACAUUGUGGUACUCAGAGAUCGAGCAAAUUAAACAGUCUCUCUGCUCUUUUUGGUCCAUAUUAAAUUUGCAAGAACACAUUUAUAAUGAUUGUUGUGGUAUACUGCUUUGAAUAUAUUGCUACAUGGACAUGAUGUAUCCUAUAUGCUUUUAUGAACCGUUCUCCAUCUUUCUUCAGCUUUUGAAUACUCUUUAUCAUCAAGUAUAAUAUUGCGCUGUUUUUUUA